CGUGCGAUAGUGUACGACGCAGGACAUCAAGGGCCCAGUUGCGAUCCUGGACGCGGCCGUUCUAUCAGCGCCACCGCGGCUGCGCAUCUACCAUAACUUUAUGACGGGCGACGCUGAGCGAUCUCAGCGGGACAACAUCAAAGGCGUGCCCAUACUGCUAGUCGAUUACCUUAUGACCACCGCGCUGAUCAUGGUGACCGAGGUGCAAGAGUGGCUUGACCGCCCACAAACCGCGAAUGGACGCAUACGGAUUCCGGGCAGCUCUCAGCCGGCUGUGCGGACUUGGCUUGCCAUCAUUCAUGGGGAGUUCAUUCCCGAGAGCCCAGACCCGCCUUCGCCCACGCUGACAGCCGUAUCGUCGCUCUGGGAUGAGAGUUCCAACAGAUACUCGAGCGGGGCAGCAUCCCUGUUUAGCGGCCUAACGACACCCUCGACGCCAGCAAGCUCCGCACACGGCCACGGCUCAUUCGUUUUCCCGCGGGAAGAAGAGAUCCCCCCUGUGCCUGCACUACCCGAGACGGUGCGUGCACUGCCAUACGCGGCGUCCCUACCACAACAGACGUAUGCGUCAUUCGAAAACCUUUCUUCGCUUACGUUGCCGCAACCGUCGGCCUCGACCUCGUCACUCUUGUCUCCGGCUCUUGGUUCAAAACGAGGCAAGCGACCAUUGCCAACGCCGCCUAUCCUGAGUUCGCCUUCGGCGCCUCGCCCACUGACAUCCCCAGGCGAUGGUCCCACAUCAUCUUCGGAUAACGCAUCGUUCGAGCGCGACCGUCCAUCUAGUCCGGCGUCAUCAACCAGCUCGACCUCCAUCUCUCGUCGGUCUCGCGUCGGUCGCUCUCUCACGAUUGCAAACAUGCCUCCGCUACAGCCACCGCCGAACCAAGCGCUGCCGCUACCCCCGAAACUGGCGCAAGAAUUCCGUGGUUACACAGCUCCGGAGAGAAACGGCGAGACUAGUGCGUCUGCAAGCGCGUCGGUGCUGCAAGCGGCGAACCCGGAUCCCCUCCCGCCGGACCAGGAGGGACGGAUCCGACGCGAUAUACAAGCGCUGUCAUUGUCGUCUAUGCCAUCGCCGCCGCCGCCACCGCCGCCGCCGAUAAUUGCCUACCCGUCGACAUCUAAUCAGAACGGACUUUUACAGGAUGUGGGCGCGAUCGGCAUGGCGGCGGACAACCGAAGACACUCGUAUGCGGAGAGUGUAUACGAGCAACCUCCGCCAGCGUACGACGCGAUCGACUUUUCGCUUCCUCAAGUGCUUUUGCCGCAUCGGUAAUCUUAGGCUGGACCUCUUUCUUCUGCGCUUCGAAGGUGGUGCCCUUAUUUUUGAUUGGAUCUGCAUACCCUAAAGCGAUAUUUACCCAUACUUUCCUUUCAUCUUCUCCGGCUGUAACUGACGUCUCGUUCGUGUAUUAGAUAAAUCCUUUAAGUUCUGAUUUCCUUUGCUCAUAUCUCCUGUCUGGCCAUUUCGGUCGUACGUACAAAGCAAGUCUUGUCCUUCAUUUUUGCCACAAUCAUCUUCCACACUCGUUGUAAAUGGUACAAUAUCACCUCUUCCUGCUUACGUUGAACGGAUGACGCCAAAGGAAAAGUGUGGAUGUUAUAAUCUAGUCUUUGUGUAUGCGUCCUAUAUGAGUGCGCGUAGUACCAGUUCUAACUUGCUAGGCCGACAUUCGCGGCUUCAAU